AUGUCGUUGACAGCGGAGCGCAACGAGCAGUUUUCCGAAAAGCAAUACUGGGAGCAACGGUAUGCGGACGAGAGCGAGGAGGCGUUUGACUGGUUCAAGAAUUACGAUGACUUGAAGGAGCUAUUUGACGAGCUGAUACCGGAUCGAGCCUCACGCAUCCUGGUGCUGGGCUGUGGCAACUCGACGCUUUCCCCGCAAAUGCACGAUGCCGGCUACACCAACAUGGUCAACAUCGACUACUCGUCCAACCUGAUCUCGCGUCUAGCGCGACGCUAUCCAGACCAGACGUAUCUGGAAAUGGACAUCACCCAACUCACGCUCGCGCCCAACGUCUCGCUCCUCGGCGGUGCCUGCUCCUUCGACAUCGCGCUAGACAAAGGCACCAUGGACGCACUCAUGGCCGAAGCCAAAGGAUCGUCCGUCUGGAACCCCAGCGACAAAGUCAUCACCAACAUCAGAGCCAUGCUCCAAGGCGUAGACCACCUCCUCAAAGUCGGCGCCAAGAUGAUCUACAUCACUUUCGGUCAGCCUCACUUCAGAACAAAGUGGCUCCAAGAAAUCCAUGGCUGGCACGUCGAAACCAGAACGUUGGGCGAUAUGUUUCACUACUUUGUCUAUAUCGUCACCAAGACCAAGUAA